CAAUUAAAAUGCCAGGUACUGCCUCCCGCGCUUCACAAUUUUAGCUCCAAAUUUCCCCUCCCAACACCCAACUAGAACCUCCGAGUGAAGAAGGCCGGCCAUGGCCGCCGUGGCUAGCACCACUUCCAUUCUCAACAAAUUCCAAGAAUCAACAAAUUUAAAGAAAGCCCUUUUCUCAAUUAUCUCUCCAGAGGGGUUUUCCCCACUGAGAAUUGCGCAAGACCCUCAAAAAUGACAAUUUGCAGGACCCAAAUGAAAAUGGUUAAACCCAAUAGCUUCAAGAACACUUCUUUUGUGAAUCAUAAUGGUAGAAUUUACGACAGGCUUGAGUCUUGUUUGGUCAUUCCUCCUCCAAGAGGGAAAAAACCCAAAGCCAUUAUUAAAUUUUUGGGAGGUGCUUUUGUUGGAGCUGUCCCUGAAGUUACUUACAGCAAUGGUGCACUUCUACAAGUGCUUACUGGAAGUUUUUUUUGUGAGAAGAUACCCAAGGCAAAUGCAAUAAUAUCAUACAACAACAGGCCAGCGUCGGAGGCAGUACCAUACUUUGAGCAGUUAGGACCUCUUGUCAGUCAAAUAUUUCCAAUUAUGGAAGCGUCUCCAGUACUAUAUUCAUUCACUCGAAAUGCCUCAGCAGAUGCAUGGAAGGUACUACUCGAUACUGCUGGAACCAUGAUUCCAAAUUACAAUCCGGAAGGGGCAGUUUCAGUCAACAAGUUUGUUGAUCAGUUGCCAGCUGUUUUUAAUCAGCUUGCUGAAGGAAUUUCAGAGUUCAGGCUAACACCCUCUGAGAAUCUCGACUGUUUCCAGAAGUCAUACAGUGUUCAGCAUACAUUUCUGGUCAAGUUCAAUAUUGAUGCAAUUUAUGAGACUGAUAUUCUUGAAGAGACACUGAAGCCUCGAGUGGAAUCUAUUGGCGGAAAACUACAGAAAAUAAUAUUGAAUGGAACUCAUAUUACACCUUGCAUACAGGAACCUAGAUGGCAAGUGGGAGAUAUAUACUCGCCUGUAGAUGCUGUUGCUCAAGGCCUUAAGACAAUUUCUUUGAAUGACACUAGAGUCCUCACAAGAACAAUUACAGACUGGUUUAGUCAACUUGAAGGAUAGAGACACAUGAAUCAGACCCAUGAUGCGGCAAUAUCUGAAUCGUCUGAAUCCUUCCUGGUAUUGGGUUGACCUUCUUCCCUUUGAGUUGUUUGCAUAGAAUUUUUCUCGGAAAGUGUUGCAUGGAAAAGCAUCCUACGUUUGCAUGGAACUUUCUAGGAAUUUUCAGGGAAAAGCAUCCUAUGAUGCGUAGGAUGCAAGGAAUUUGGUUAGAUAUGAUAUAAAUACGUAAUUUUGACAGUUGUAGGCAUCAUUACAAGUUACAUGACUUGUAAAAUAUAAAUCUCAGACACUUUCUCUCUAGAGUUCUGCACACACACACACAGAUGCAGCUUCAAAUGGUACUUCAACAUUUAGCUUACUUUUGGUAAUUGAUACCAGCAAUCAUUUGUUUUCUA